AUGCCCGUAACACGAAGAAGAGCGCGCUUGAUGGAGAGUCAGGAGGACGACGUGGAGGACAGUCGGCUGUUGCAGAUGACGCACGAGACCGACGAAGAGCACGAAGCGCAGUCGACGGACGCCGUCGACGACGCGCAGGAUGCGGUCAACUUGGAGGCGAUGGCCCAACAGCUGACGAACACGCUCGAGCACCUGCUGACGACGCACCGGCAGCUGGAGACCGACGCGGCGAUGAUUCAGGCCGGAAUGGACGAGCUGCACCGCAUGCAAGAAGACCGGGCGCAGCGCAUGGUCGACCGACUCAAGAACGCCAGUUCCACGAUCCUGACGUUCGGCGAGGGGCCUCAGGACGCACGUGGACAACGUCCAGAGCAAGACGAGCGCGACUGCGAGGAGGACGACGAGAUGAUGCAGUGA